GCGCAUUCAGUUGCCACUGUUCCGGGAAACGCUCCGCAGCUAGGUUAAGCCAAUCCGAAAAACAUCGCUAGAUGAUAGUUCCGUUAAAAGUUCCUACGCGUUAGAAAUGUGGCCGUUGUCGGCGUUGGCGUUGUCGGCGCUGCUGGCGGUGUCGGCGCGCGAGCUGGACCCGGCGGCGUGCGCGGCGCGCUUCGAUGUGCAGCGCGACAAGAUCAUCCGCACGGAGGAGUCGCGCGAGAUGGGCGCGCGCUACCUGGCCGAGCUGGACGUGGGCGCGCGCCAGGAGUGCCUGCGGCUCUGCUGCGAGACCGACGCCUGCGACGUCUUCGUCUACGAGGAGAAGAGCCCGGGCAGCUGCUACCUGUUCGCGUGCGGGCCGCCCGAGGACUUCCGCUGCAAGUUCACCGCACACGGCAACUUCAGCAGCGGCGUGCUGGCCUUAGCCCGCCGCCGCGCGGAGCAGCAGGACCGGGCGCUGUUAGAGCAGCACGAGCGGGCGCUGGAUGUUGUUCGCAGAGUAAGCACGACGGCAAGCACAACGACGUCGACGACAACGCCGCCGCCGCCGCCGCCGCCGCCCCCGCCGACGCUGCCGCCGGCGCCGCAGCUGUCGCCCCCGCGUCGUUGCAGCCGCUACCAAUUCGAGUGCCACACCGGCGGCGAGUGCAUCGCAGUGUACAACGCCUGCGACGGCGUCCCGCAGUGCGCCGACGGCAGCGACGAGGCCCCGGAGCUGGGCUGCCCCGCGCCGCCGACACGCGCGCCGACGCCGCCGCCGCCCACACCGAUACAGGACAUAAGCGUGGAGGUGGGCGGCGAGGGCGCGGCGGGCGAGCGCUGGCCGCAUCGUCUUGCGCAGGCGCAGCCGCACCGGUACAGCACCAACGAGGCGGGCGGGUCGCACAUCUUCAGCCACAAGGGCGGGCUGCUGCAGCAGCCGCGAGAGGAGCCGCCGGCGCCGCCGUUCUACGAGCCGCAGCCCGCCUGGCCGAGGGCGCCGUGGCCGCAGCCUCAGAAUGUGAUGGAUUCCGGCUGGGGCAGCUACGCUCGGCCCGAGUGGCCGGAGCCCGAUCCGAGGCGCGCGUGGCCCGUGCCUCAACCUAGGCCCGAACCGGACAUUCCGGUGUACAUCCCAUCCAAGACAAUGCCGGAGCUACCGCUGGCGUACGGCGGGCAGCACACACUACGUGACGCGCAGAAGAAAGGGCCUCCGCCACCACCACCACCGACGCCGCCCACGCCGACUCCGGCGACCGCGCCGCCGGCGCCCAAACGGGAGCUGGAGAAUUUAUCCAAUAAGUCUGCUAAACAAGAGGCAAGUAUUCCUCGAGGAAAGGGUCUUCGUCGACACCAAAUAAAGGUCCCUUCGCCGGUGGCAGCGAGCGGACCGGGCGCCGACAUCGAGGUUCCGCGCUAUACGGCAGCCCACGCGCCGCACUUCCUGAGCGACGAGCGCGACGGGCUGAGCGACCACCCGCCUGCCGCCGUGCUUCUACUAGUACUUGGUGUGCUAAUGACGGCUGCCAUGGCGGUGCUAGCUGGAUGCCGCGCACGCGCGGCGCGGCGUCGGCUCCGGCGCGGCAAGUCGCCCUUCGCCCACGACGCCGACUACCUCGUCAACGGCAUGUACCUGUAGGCGCUGCCGCCGCCCAAACGCCGCCGCCGCAAAAGUGAUAACGGUCGUGGCGAACU